AUAAAUCUGUUAUCGCGACGAAAGAGUGAUUUGGAGAAACGUAUCUCUUCUCUGACACAAGACAGGGAACACUUAAACGUCUCUCUGGAGGAGUCAAGCGAUCGUAUAUUCCUAUUGGAGAAACAAUUACAACAACAGGAGUGCGAACUCCGGACACAACACAAAGACCUGGAAGAGCUGAGACACGCCAACAGUCAACUACACAACAAACUGGAUGCGGUCGCGCGCCGGUCAGUGCCAUCCGAUCACAACAGUGUCACCGGUGGUCAUCACUCCCUCUUCAAUGAGAUCGAGAUGUCUUCCCAGUCGUCAAACGACGAAGACUUGAGAUCAUUGAACGGUCGCAUCGAUUACACCGAAGACGAGAUCGAUUGCGACGAAAGGGACUCCUCUUAUAGUUCAUCCAUUCAUAGCGACUCAUCCAAACUCAAACAGGAACUCAUUGAAGUUUACCAUCUUUUGCGCCAAACGUGCCAUGAAUUGCACCGAAAGAGGGAAAACAGCGGUAACUUUAACUCCACUCAAGACAGCGGUAUUCAAACGAUUCCCGAAGAGAUACCGAUUAAUCAACUGAAGAACGGAAUGUUUCGCACUAUUGUCAGGGAUUUGGUGUCACUUCUUAACGACUUGAAUAUGGAAUACAACGAAAUGCCGUGUAUAUCGUGUCAAACGGUGGCCGACGAGAGGUGCGAACUCGAGAAGUUGCGCAAAGAAGUGACCGCACAAUCGGAUCAAUUGAAACGAUCGGGCGAUCAGUUAAACGAAAUGACCAAACAGUUGACAAUUCAAGACACGGAAUUGACGGCCAUUAAAGAGGAGAGAGAACUGUUGAAGAGUGACAUCAGUAACGCUACGGGAAUGGCGAAGGAUGAGAUCGUGAAGAGGGCGUGGGAAGUGAGGGAUCAGGCGGUGGCCCGAAAGAACGUGGUUGAAGUGGAACUGGCGAAGACCCGCAUCGAAGUGAUGCACAUUAAUAGUCAACUCUUGGAAACUAUUCAACAGAAGAUUGAAUUAUCACAACAACUGGAACAGUGGCAG